AUGGACACUAAGAAGCGCCUGGCCUAUGCCAUUGUCCACUUCCUGCACGGCCAGCUGCGCCAUGGCGGGCUCUCCUCUGAUGCCCAGGAGAGCUUAGAGGUGGCCAUCCAGUGCCUGGAGACGGCGUUCGGUGUGACCGUGGAAGACCAUCACCUGGCACUGCCGCAGACACUCCUGGAAAUCUUCGAAGCUGCUGCUGAGAGCAAGGAGACACCGCAGGACCUGCAGAGCCCCGACCGGACGCCGCCAUCUGAGGAGGACUCGGUGGAGGCAGAACGCCUCAAGACGGAAGGAAACGAGCAGAUGAAGGUGGAGAACUUUGAAGCGGCCGUCCACCUGUACGGGAAGGCCAUCGAGCUGAACCCCGCCAACGCCGUCUACUUCUGUAACAGGGCGGCGGCCUACAGCAAGCUAGGGAACUACGCAGGCGCUGUGCAGGACUGCGAGCGCGCCAUCUGCAUAGACCCUUCCUACAGCAAGGCCUACGGCCGCAUGGGCCUGGCGCUCUCCAGCCUCAACAAGCACACGGAGGCCGUGGUCUACUACAGGAAGGCCCUGGAGCUGGACCCAGACAACGAGACCUACAAGUCCAACCUCAAGAUCGCCGAGCUGAAGCUCAGGGAGGCUCCGAGCCCGACGGGCGGUGUUGGCACCUUUGACAUCGCAGGUCUGCUCAACAACCCGAGCUUCAUGAGCCAGGCGUCAAACCUUAUGAACAACCCCCAGGUCCAGCAGAUCAUGUCUGGGAUGAUCUCUGGUGGUCAUAACCCCUUGGGGACCCCCGGAACCAGCCCCUCCCAGAACGACCUGGCCAGCCUCAUCCAGGCGGGCCAGCAGUUCGCCCACCACAUGCAGCAACAGAACCCGGAGUUGAUAGAGCAGCUGAGGAGUCAGAUGCGGAGUCGGACCCCCAGUGCCAGCAACGAUGACCAGCAGGAGUGA